AUGCAGGGGGAGACCGUCUCCAAGCCCGUGCUGCAAGUCAUCAACACACGGGCUAUUGCUACGGGGAACGGGCCCCCUCGGUACCGGGUGCUGAUGAGCGACGGGGUUAACACCCUCUCCUCUUUCAUGUUGGCAACACAGCUGAACUCUCUGGUGGAAGAGGAACGUUUGGCAGCCCAGUGUGUUUGCCAGGUUAACAAGUUCAUUGUCAACAGCCUGAAGGAUGGAAGGAGAGUGGUUAUACUGAUGGAUGUAAAUGUCCUCAAAACUGCUGAUAUGGUUGGUGGGAAUAUUGGCAACCCAGUGCCCUACAAUGAAGGGCAAGGGCAGCAACGUUCUUCAGCUGCAGCAGCAAACCCAGCACCUAACAAACCCCAGCAACAGAAUGGCAGUUUUUCAGGAGCAGGUCCUGCUGCUCCUAAGUACCACGCUCCCUCGAACCAGUUUGGGAAAGCAAGUGCUCCCAGCUCGAUGAAGACCCCGGGGGGAUCACAGGCCAAAGUGGUGCCCAUUGCCAGCUUGAACCCAUACCAGUCCAAGUGGACCAUUUGUGCUCGUGUUACCCAGAAGGGCCAGAUCCGCACGUGGAGCAACUCCCGUGGUGAAGGGAAGCUCUUCUCCAUAGAGCUGGUUGAUGAAAGUGGUGAGAUUAGAGCUACUGCAUUCAAUGAGCAAGCAGACAAGUUCUUUCCACUCAUUGAAUUGAACAAGGUAUAUUAUUUUACCAAAGGCAAUUUGAAGACUGCUAACAAGCAAUAUUCAGCUGUUAAGAAUGACUAUGAGAUUACAUUCACUAAUGAGACUUCAGUUGUGCCCUGUGAUGAUGCCCAGCAUCUCCCAUCUGUUCAGUUUGACUUUGUAUCCAUCUCUGACUUGGAGAACACACCCAAAGACUCAAUUGUUGAUGUAAUUGGAAUUUGUAAGAGCUAUGAAGAUGUCACUAAAAUCACAGUGAAAUCCAACAAUAGGGAGGUAUCCAAGAGGAACGUGCACCUGAUGGAUACAUCAGGGAAACUGGUGACAGCUACACUGUGGGGAAAUGAGGCUGAACAGUUUGAUGGGUCCAGACAACCUGUGAUAGCCAUCAAAGGAGCCCGAGUCUCUGACUUUGGUGGUAGAAGCCUGUCUGUCCUGUCCUCCAGUACAGUUGUGAUCAACCCUGAUAGCCCAGAGGCUUUUAAGCUCCGAGGAUGGUUUGACUCUGAGGGGCAGCUUCUGGAAUGUGCCUCCAUCUCUGAUGUGAGGGGUGGGUCAGUAUCUGGGGUCAACACCAACUGGAAAACCUUGUAUGAAGCCAAAUCUGAGAACUUGGGACAUGGAGAUAAGGCAGAUUAUUUCAGUUGUGUGGGCACAGUGGUACAUCUGCGCAAGGAGAACUGCAUGUACCAGGCCUGUCCCUCCCAGGAGUGCAACAAGAAAGUCAUCGACCAGCAGAACGGGCUCUAUCGUUGCGAGAAGUGCGACCGGGAGUUCCCCAACUUCAAGUACCGCAUGAUGCUGCUGGUGACCAUUGCAGACUGUCUAGAGUAUCAGUGGGUGACAUGUUUCCAAGAAUCUGCAGAGUUCAUUCUUGGACAAAAUGCAGCUUUUCUGGGAGAACUGAAGGAAAAGAACGAGCAGGCCUUUGAGGAAGUCUUCCAGAAUGCAAACUUCAACACCUACGAGUUCAGGAUCCGAGUAAAGCUGGAGACUUACAACGAUGAGUCUCGUAUUAAGGCCACAGCACUGGAUGUCAAACCUGUGAACUACAGAGAGUACAGCAAGAGGCUGAUCUCCAGCAUCAGGAGGAAUGCACAGCUGCUGUGAGGAGGCCAGUGCUGCCAGGCUGAAGCCCCAGCUGCCAGGGGCAACUCAACAAAUGAUGUAAUCCUGACUUUUGUCCCACUCAUGUGUGACAAUUUGGCAUUAGUUACACUCUGCAUGGUAGCCCAGCCUAGUGGGCU